AUACAAGUAUUUGCGUGCCCUCGAAUGAGUACUCACAAGUCCCUCGCGCUCCUCUACAUCGUGCGCAUUUCCCUCUAGCCUUGUCCCCUCGCGGCCUUGCAGCCCUUGUCGUGUCCUCCUCCUAUAAAACUCGAGUUAGCUACCCUCGUCCGGCUGGCAAGUUGCAAUAUAAUCGCCUCUGGGGCUGAGCUUGUAGGAGGAGGAGAGACGACGUGCGGGAGCGAGCGAUCAGGCGCUGAAGGCGACGGCGACAGGCAUGGCGUCCUCCGGCGAUGGCGGCGCGCCGGGCUCGCCGUGCGGGGCGUGCAAGUUCCUGCGGCGCAAGUGCGCGGUGGAGUGCGUGUUCGCGCCCCACUUCUGCGCGGAGGACGGGGCGGCGCAGUUCGCAGCCAUCCACAAGGUAUUCGGCGCCAGCAACGCGGCCAAGCUGCUGCAGCAGGUGGCCCCCGGCGACCGGAGCGAGGCGGCGGCCACCGUCACCUACGAGGCGCAAGCCAGGCUGCGCGACCCCAUCUACGGCUGCGUCGCCCACAUCUUCGCUCUGCAGCAGCAGGUGGCGAGCUUGCAGAUGCAGGUGCUGCAGGCGAAGACGCAGGUGGCCCAGACGAUGGCGGCGGCCGGCGCGCAGACGGCGGGCAGCCCUCUCCUGCAGCGGUGGCAGAUGGACCCCGAGUCGCUGUCGACGCAGAGCUCCGGGUGCUACAGCGCGCCGAGCUGCGACGGAUCGGCGUCGCUGCAGGAGAUGUACUGCUUCGGCGAGCAGGAGGAAGGCAGCUACACAAGAUGAAUCAUUCGCAUCGUAUGGCGGCAAGAGAGAUAGAGAGAGAAAUGGAGAACCUAAACUCAUUUGCGAUCCGGGUUCUUAGUUCCGGCGUCAACCCCGGAGGCGCUCUCAUCCUCUCUGUAGGGUAUGAGCCUCCGUAAUGAAAAAAAAAAAAUCUUCGUUUGCAGCGUGCGUUUUGUUUAGUUCAGCUCUGGUCUGGGCAGGUUGAUUAUUUGUUGGGAGAGUGUACUGCUUGCCUGUUUCAGCUGUAAAGGGUUCAACUCAUCAAGUGGUUGGAACUUGGAACUUGGAAGCAAUUAAGAGCCAGAAAUCUCACGAAAUAUAAUAUUGCUUAACUAAAUGGAUUAGUCACGCGUUAGUCAUACGAACUUUGAUGCAUG